AUCCUCCUCCCUGCAGCUCUGUUGUUGGAGCUGGGCUCUAUCCCUACAGGAAAGAAAAGCUCAACCGAAGCGGUGACAAGCAACAUCCCCUUCACCGUGAGACACCACUCGGCAGGUGAUAUUAAAAGUUACUAACCCUCCACACCCGGGCCAUCGGACUUCCACAACAGGAGCGCCACGUCCUCAACGUCCAGUCUUUAGUCUAGGAUCAGCCUCUGGACGACGCUACCACUACAGCGUGCAUUGCACCGGUCCUUCUGUUCCGCGUAACCCGCCUCCUCGACAAACCCUCAGCUUGCCGUGCAGUGCAGAAAUGCCCUGAUACGGACAUCGAAGACUCGGUGGCGUGGGGAUCGUAUUUUGCUUCUUACAACAUUUUCGUGGCAUUCGAAAUUGAUUUCGACUUGGUCUUUUGGCUUUGACAAACCGAGACCCUUGCUACAAAACCUCGAGAUCAAGCCAACAUUUCUAACUGGUGUUCAAUCGUGUGCACCACUCACCAACCAUCUAACCUCUUACCUCUGAUCAGGUCGGUAGCCAUGAUACAAUGAAGGGGGGCGGGCUGCUUAUUCCACCAUGGUUCGAAUACCAUGAGCCAAGUUGCUCUGACUGGGCCAUUGUCAGCAUCGCCUUUGGCAUGACUCUGUGUCUGGCAAUUUUUGGUCUCAUUCGUGUGGGCAUUCAAACUUAUCAUCAAUGGAAACGCGCGCAAAGAAUUACAACGUAUAUGGUUUUAAUAUGGCUUGAAUUGGUCUCCAGCGCCAUUAUUGGAGGUCUUGGCUGGGGUUAUGUUCGAGGAACUAUUCGUCCAGGGUUCUUAAUAUACUUCUUCAUCUUGCUCCUUUGGGUAUUUCAAAUCCAUUGCAUUAUGCAAAUCAUUGUCAACCGAAUAGCCCUCCUCCAUGUUUCGCCGACCAUCGUUCGACGACUAAAAUGGGGAAUCUUUAUUAUCCUGGCACUUAUUAACAUUUCAGUCUUUUGUAUUUGGAUACCGGCUCGACUGCAGAUUAGCCAGACCUAUAUCGACAUCAAUAACGUUUGGGACCGAAUCGAGAAAGGAAUUUUUGCGGUUAUUGACCUGGCUCUGAACUUCUACUUUGUCUAUCUUGUCCGCUCGUCCCUCAUAUCAUACGGUCUAACCAAGUAUGUGGUGUUGUAUCGCUUCAACCUGAUGAUGGUAGUCGUCUCCAUCUCGAUGGAUAUUCUGAUCAUUGGGUCAAUGUCACUACGGAAUACCUUUCUAUACGUCGAGUUUCACCCGCUUGCAUAUCUCGUCAAACUUCAUAUCGAAUUGUCCAUGGCCGAGCUCAUUGCCAAGAUUGUCAAGGCCUCCGGGCCCAACCUCGCUCCUUGUCGCUGCACUUGCCAUGACAAUCCCAACCACACAUUCCUCCACCAGCUACAAUCUCGGUACAGUGCACCUGCAGCUCCCAGUGUGACUGCACCAACUACUGGAAGAUUCCGUCGUUCUUGGCCAAUGUCAAAGACCACACGCAGCAGAGAGAAGCGCCGCGAAGGAUCCCGAUCACAAACUCCAUCCUUGACCAAGAAGAUGGUUUCAAAGAAACAACAAAGUACCGAAGAAAAUCAGCCAAAACAGGAAGUCUGGAAAUCUGACACCAAUACCGGCACAGACUGCGCCUCGCACCACAUGCCAAGUUCUACGGGACAAUCGAAUGAAAGCUCACACGAUCAUAAUGAGUGAAGCCACUACGGAAAAUCGCGCAAGCCAGUAUCUUACCUAUGCUUCUGGACAUUCUGCCCUGUAAGGCCAAAUCUGGUGGUCAUGGUAGGUUUGGAGCGCACAUCGCCCACUAUGUCUUCAGAGGAUUCAGAAGAUAUCAAUAUGAACAGCUCAGGAAAGGCUGAAGGACAUGAAAGGCCCUUUUUAUGGACGCCGUAUAAGAGGUCGAUUUGACCUCGAUGAGUCUCCAACACUUUGGGUCGGUACACAAAUCGACCCCACCGAGCAACUACCGGCGCACCCUGCCCUUCUUUCCCCGCGGUCUCCACCCCGGCGAGCCUGAUGAGGUAUUGCUGGGGAUGUUGAGGAGGUGCUCUCUGAUGCCAUAAUCGGCGCAGGAUCCUACAGACUUUGUACGAUGGUCGGCUGUUGGACGAUCGAUUGGCAAUUAUCAGUUGGGGAGAUGAUGUUCAUUAAUGACCUCAUCAUGUCCAUCUCCCAGUCGUUCUCGCGAUUUAUUGUACUGGUAGAUUAUCGUCCCAAAUAUGAGUUAAGGGAACCGAAAUCUUGGAUAUUAUGAGGACAGUAAAAGGCACCUUAGUUGUUAGCCGGGACACAACAACAUCCUAAACCGGGGAUUACAAAACCUGCAACCCCAUGUCAAGCAUUGCCACAAUAGUUUAAAUUUGUCCUCAACUGCCCGCAAUGCUCAACUUCAGUUCACUGAACGCACAAUUGCUCUCAUAUCUAGCUAUCAUGAGUUUGUAAUUCGUUAUGGUCAUGUGCUUUGAUGUCACUUUUAUAGAGACGCUAGUCAUUAUCCAGCCUGAUCCGCUAUCAGACAAAUAGUAAAAGAACGCCGUUGAUCCUGUACAGAGCCCUACCGAAGCCCUACAAUUGUGUCUUUCGUGACACUAUGCCGUGUAUGUUUUUGUUCCCGAACCCUAAGUUCCUGCGGAUAUCGUACGAGCUGUCCUCUUCAUAGCAAGUAGUCAUAGAAUGCCCCUCAAAAAUGCUUUACCGUGUCGUCAUACCCCUAAAUCUGUUCCAUAUGCACGCUCAUUUCAAAUCGUAACAGUCAUCCACCGGGCGCAUGUUCGCCGUAUACUCAAGCACAGGUCGUAGGACCCUUGCGAAACUUGACAAUGUUGUCUAUCGUAUUACAUGACACCAGGGGCUGGGUUCUCGUGCUUAGCGGUGCUACCCUUGCCUCUCCAGGUGCUGACAGCAGGAAUAUUGGCCUCAUAGCGGACUUCCUCGGUACCGUAGGCUCCUGGGGUAAGUUUGAUCAAGGUAUGUAGGGGCACGUUCAUCCAAGGGCUCUUAGACUGGUCCUUCUUCAUGAAGUAUGCAUAUAUGCAUCGUAGCACAGCUUGGUGGGUGACGAUAAGAAUAUCUUCACUUCGCUCCAAUUCCAUGAUGAUGGGUUCAAGGCGGAUAACAACAUCGCGAUACGACUCUCCGCCACGAUAUCGGUAGUUGUACUUGUCUUCAUCACGGGCGGCAAAGUCCUCGGGAUAUCGGUCCUUGAUCUCCUGGUAGGUCAAGCCAUCACAUACUCCUGAGUCAAGCUCAUCGAGCGCCUUCCACUGGAGUUGAUUAUAGUGCUGUGGAAGGAAACGAGAAGUAGCAAUAGUACGUCGCAAAGUUGAGGUCCAUACUGUGAGUGGUCGAUCGUCCUACACAGUGUUAGCCACAGAAAAAAUGUUCAGGGUGAGGCUGAACUUA